UUGAGAAAAGCAUGGUCAUUUAUGGCUAAGUGUGUGUAAUUGAAGUAUCUGAUGAUGUGCUGUGUAGCAAUUGAGGUAGAAUUCAAGUUGACGAAUUCCCAGAGUGCCCUGCUAGGGUGAAGGAGUUUGAAGAUCUGUGCUGUACAGCAGGCCUCCUACAGGACGGGAAGUAGUUGAAGGAGCGAGGAUCUGGGCUGUACAGCAGACAGCAGGUCUCCUACAGGACGGGAAGUAGUUGAAGGAGCGAGGAUCUGGGCUGUACAGCAGACAGCAGGUCUCCUACAGGACGGGAAGUAGUUGAAGGAGCGAGGAUCUGGGCUGUACAGCAGGUCUCCUACAGGACGGGAAGUAGUUGAAGGAGCGAGGAUCUGGGCUGUACAGCAGACAGCAGGUCUCCUACAGGACGGGAAGUAGUUGAAGGAGCGAGGAUCUGGGCUGUACAGCAGACAGCAGGUCUCCUACAGGACGGGAAGUAGUUGAAGGAGCGAGGGGAGCUGUGGAAGCUAUGGCAGUGGAUGCCCCGCAGCCUGUAGAGAUUCAGAAUGUCGUUCACCAGUUGAGGGAUACUCAUACACUGAUUUGUAACGAAGGUGGAUUUUGUGGCAUUUAUUACGCAGACCGACUCAGAUUAAGUCUGAGGCUGGUAACAUCAACAGUGAGGACAAACCCAGCCUGCCUCUCUCCUUCCACACUGAGUAGAAACCUACAGUCACUGGGUCCUGAUUGUGACAGUGGGGCCCAGUUUGCUCUGCAGGAUCCAGAGAUGGCAUCAGUGAAGCUGGAAGACUGCAGUCAAACACUGGAGCCGAAUGUCAACCUUAAAGAUGAAGAAGAGGAGGAGAAGAUUAGGACAACUGUUAGUCAUGGAGACCAUGUUGAGACAUUCUCCACAUCCAGAGAGCAACAGCAGGAAGAUCAGAGAGCUAAGAGGUCUCAUCACUGCCCACAUUGUGAAGAGAUUUUCCCAUUUCUAUCAAAGCUAAAAAUACACCUAAAAAUACACACAGGAGAUAAGCCUUACGUCUGCUCUGACUGUGGAAAAUGUUUUAAAACAUCAAAUGUGCUAAAACGUCAUCAGACAACACACACAGGAGAGAAGCCUUUCUUCUGCCCUGACUGUGGAACUAGUUUCUCUCAGCUUUCCCACUUAAAAUCACAUGAACGUAUACAUACAGGGGAGAAGCCAUACUCUUGCUCUGACUGUGGAAAAUGCUUCACAACAUCAACAUAUCUAAAAAUUCACCAGAGAACACACACAGGAGAGAAGCCUUACGUCUGCUCUGACUGUGGGGCGAGUUUCUCUCAGCUGGGCACCUUAAAAACACACCAACUUAUACACACAGGAGAGAAGCCUUACGUAUGCUCUGACUGUGGGGCGAGUUUCUCUCAUCUGGGCACCUUAAAAAUACACCAACGUAUACACACUGGUGAGAAGCCUUACGUCUGCUCUGACUGUGGGGCGAGUUUCUCUCAGCUGGGCACCUUAAAAACACACCAACUUAUACACACAGGAGAGAAGCCUUACGUCUGCUCUGACUGUGGGGCGAGUUUCUCUCAGCUGGGCACCUUAAAAACACACCAACGUAUACACACAGGAGAGAAGCCUUACGUCUGCUCUGACUGUGGGGCGAGUUUCUCUCAGCUGGGCACCUUAAGAACACACCAACUUAUACACACAGGAGAGAAGCCUUACGUCUGCUCUGACUGUGGGGCGAGUUUCUCUCAUCUGGGCAACUUAAAAACACACCAACGUAUCCAUACAGGAGAAAAACCUUACUACUGCCCUGACUGUGGGGAGAGAUUCUCUCAUAAGACCAACUUAAAAGUUCACCAGAGAACACACAAAGGAGAGAAGCCUUACUUCUGCUCUGACUGUGGGAAGAGUUUCUCUCGCCAGAGCAACUUAAAUACACACCAACUUAUACACACUGGUGAGAAGCCUUACUUCUGCUCUGACUGUGGAAAAUGCUUCAAAACAUCAACUGAGCUAAAAGUUCACCAGAGGACACACACAGGAGAGAAGCCUUUCUUCUGCUCUGACUGUGGGGCGAGUUUCUCUCAGCUGGGCACCUUAAAAACACACCAACGUAUACACACAGGAGCGAAGCCUUAUUACUGCUCUGACUGUGGAAAAUGUUUUAAAACAUCAAAUGCGCUAAAAGUUCACCAGAGAACACACAGGAGAGAAGCCUUACUUCUGCUCUGACUGUGGGAAGAGUUUAUCUCACCAGAGCAACUUAAAAACACACCAACGUAUACAUUAACUUCAUGUGGGUACCUGGGACGGUUGCGUCCCACCUGGUCAACAUCGGUGAAAUUGCAGAGUGACCGAUUCAAAUUUAAUUACUAUAAACAUUUACAUUUCAUGAAAUCACAAGUGUAAUACAUCAAAAUAAAGCUUAACUUGUUAAUCUAGCCGCCAUGUCAUAUUUCAAAAAGGCUUUAAGGCGAAAGCAAACCAUGCGAUUAUCUGAGGACGGCGCUCAGCACACAAAACAUUACAUACAGUUACCAGCCAAGUAGACUAGUCACGAAAGUCAGAAAUAUGAUGAUCUUCAUAUGGUUGCACUCACAACAUUCCCAGUUACACAAUAAAGGUUCAUUUUGUUCGAUAAAGUCCCUCUUUAUAUCUUGAAACCUCCAUUUUGUUGGCACAUUUUGUUCUGUAAUCCAAUGGCUCAAAUGCGGUCACAAGAGGCAGACGAAAAUUCCAAAUAGUAUCCGUAAAGUUUGUAGAAACAUGUAAAACGAUGUUUAUAAUCAAUCCUCAGGUUGUUUUUAGCCUAAAUAAUAGAUUAUAUUUAAACUGGAAACAGCGUCGUCAAUAUAAAAGAACAACAAGAAAGGUGCGCUCUGCAGGACCCAGCUCUGGGGACAUCCCACUAUCCACUGACUCAAUGUGGUCAUUCUCCCUCAUUCUUCAGAAUACAAGCCUGCAACAAUGUCUAAAGACUGUUCACAUCUAGUGUUAGCCAUAGGGAACGGAAUCUGGGUCUUAUCCCUUUAAAUGGUGAAUAGGCUUACAUUGGAAAAACAGCCAUUUCAAAAUAAUGGCACUUCCUGGUUGAAUUUUCCUCAUGUUUUUGCCUGCCUUUUCAGUUCUGUUAUACUCACAGACAAUAUUUUUUAAGUUUUAGAAACUUUGGAGUGUUGUCUUCUUUCCAUUUCUACUAAUUGUAUGCAUUUCCUAGCUUCUGGUCCUGAGUAGCAGGCAGUUUACUUUGGGAACGCUUUUAAUCCGGAGGUGAAAAUAGUGACCCCUACCCUAGUGAGGUUAAGGAGAAAAGCCUCAUCGGUUCUCUGACCAGCUAAGAAUAAAGUCACUCCAUCACUUAAUUCUCAUCUCAUAAAAGAAGUUGUAAUUGGAUCAAAUGAAGAAAGCAUAGAACACUGUAGAACACUGUAAUCCUAUUGGUUCUCACUGUGAGAGAACUGUGCAGAGGAAAGGUAGCAUUAUAGAAUUUUAGCCUCUCUUUACUUUGCACCUUGUCAGUUUUGGUGUGUUUUGUUGGCUUCUACUGUAAAGAUUUGCACUUGGUGUUGAAUACCCUCUUUUAUUCUUCUCAUUUUGAAAACAAACACUAGUCUGCCAAUUGACUGGGUGGUACUGCUUCCCUCUCAGCCUGGUCUGUCUCUGUCUGUAGGGAGAGUUUCAACUGGGCAGCUUAAAAACACACCAACGUUUACAUGUAGGAGAGAAGCCUUACUCCUGCUCUGUGGAAGGGUGGGCGUGUAAACUCAAACGUCAUGCCAAAGGUUGAGUGUUUGAAUCUCAUCAUGGAGGACUUUAACAUUUUAGCUAAUUACCAACUUGGGAACUACUUACUACUAUUACUUAGCAUGUUAGCUACCCUUUCUCCUGAACCCAUUUAACUCUAUCUUAAACCCCUCACCCCUAACCAAGCUAACGUCAGCAACAACAAAUUGGAAUUCGUAACAAAUCUUCCAUAUUACAAGUUCGUAACAUAUUGUAUGAAUAACAAUGCAUGAAAUAACAUACGAAUUGUAAUUCUUAACAUACGAUACGUCCUGCAAGUCGUAUUAUACUGAACAACAAUCUAAACGUAACAAUUUCAAAGAUUUACAUUUUGUAUAAGGAAAUCAGUCAAAUGAAAUCUUAAUCUAUGGAUUUCACAUGACUGGGGCUGUGAAAUCCAUACUGAAUGGAGUGGCACGGAUUUUUUUGUAAUAUAUAAUACGUUUUGCUCUGAGACCAGGUUGUCCCUCUGCAGUAUUCUGUGGGAAGGAGCUAGUAGACACUUUUUUAUCGAACCUUUAUUUAACUAGGCAAGUCAGUUAAGAACAAAUUCAUGUUUACAAUGAUGGACUAGGAACAGUGGGUUCACUGCCUUGUUCAGAGGCAGAACAACAGAUUUUUACCUUGUCAGCUCAGGGAUUCGAUCUGGCAACCUUUUGAUUACUGGCCCAACGCUCUAACCACUAGGCUACCUUCCGCCCCUCACAUGUGAUGAUAGAGAUGGUGUGAUGAUCACUUUUCACCACUAGUUUGGGGGGUGGUGUUUUACAACUUUAUUUAAUGUUACACAGUUUAUGAAAUGAAUAAGUGUGUUUAUUAAUUGUCUUUAGAACUAGAUGAGUUAUUUUAGUUACUGAUCAUGAAUGUGUUUGGAAAACUGCAUUGAAGCAACCAUAAGCAAACUUUAUUGAUCUGCCAAUGAAAAAUAAAGUGACAUGAAUAUGUA